AUGAUCGUCGUCGUCGCUUUAUUGCUUAGUCUCCUCACCCAGGCAAUUGUCGCUCAAGACACAAGCCUAGCAAAGGUAAAAGAGGCAUUCGAUGUCGUCAACAUCCCAAAAGACAUUGCUCUUCCAUUCGACCCUUCCUUCCUUCUUGAAGUUUCUCUGCCUCAAACAACAGGCUCUGCGAUCGUCCUCAGGGCAGGCGUGCAGCUUCCUCGCAAUGCGACCGUCGGCCCUCCUUCGUUCACCCUCGUCGGACAUGAUAUCGGGCAUGGUCCCUUUGUCGUCGCAACAGUAGACCCGGAUGCCCCUACUCCCCAGAAUCCCAAUAUUUCCGAAGUUCGGCAUUUCCUCGGGGGGAACUUCGUGUCCGAGCGCCUCUUCGCAGGCCAGGCUACCUUAACUAACACGACGGCAGCAGUUUCAGACUGGCUUCAGCCGACACCUCCCACAGGAUCGGAUGCCCACAGGUAUAUUUUCUUGGUGUUCAGGCAGCCGCAAGGUUUCAAUGACCAGGUUCUCGUUGACGCUACUACACCUAGGACACUGUUCAACAUCAGCGAAUUUGGUGCAGCGGUUGGGCUUCGAAACCCCAUUGCAGGAACGUUCAUGUUAGUGGCCCCAGAUCCUGCAUAGGAAAGUACGUUUCGAUGUUAAAAAAAAUAAUAUUACGCACGAAAAGUGUACGCGUUUUUGGCAUCUAAUCC